AUGGAAUCGCUUCGACAUAGUUUCACUCUACUCCAGUACUGCGGUAUGUGGCCGUCACAUCGUUGGUCAUCCUUUAGUUUUAAAGCCAGGAUUUACGGGCUGUACACCGUUUGUGUACUAGCUAUGAUCAAUUGGUUCGUCGUGUCUGAACUGUUCUCCUUGUCAGCGAUUAGAAGUAUUGAAGAUUUCGCCGAUAAUUGUUUUAUGCUCAUGUCUAUGAUAGCUGCGAGUGGAAAAACGGCUGUUAUUUUGAUUAGGAGGGAGGAAGUUCUUGUUAUGCUGAAUACACUUGAUAAUUAUCCGCACAAGCCUAUGCACGUGGAUGAACAGAACAUUCAGAAUCAAUUUAAUCGACGCAUCAGAUUGAUUUUUCUACUCUAUGCUGGUCAAUUUGAGAUUGGAGUAUGGUUCAUGAGUAUCUUCAUGUACAUGCAAAAAUUGCCCUUCGGAGUUUUGCCGUACAAAGCAUGGAUACCAUGGGAUUAUUCAGCACCCGGGAUGUAUUGGUUUUUGUAUUGGCUACAACUGAUCACUGUCGUUCUCGGGGCGAACGUUGCCAGCGCUUUGGACACCCUAAUUUCCGGGUUCAUGAUGCUCAUCUGUGCGCAGUUUAAUAUUUUGAAAUGCCGCUUGGAGAGAACAAUCGAGGAAUUUAUGAUCGAAACGAGUUCGAAAUCUGACAGGAUUCGAUGCGAUUCAGGACAAAUCUCCGAAAGGCGGAUCGCUGCUUGCGUCAAGUACCAUCGCGCUAUCUUUCAACUGGCACAAACAAUUAAUUCCAUGUUCACCAUCAUAAUUUUUAUCCAGUACACUGCAAGCUCAAUAAUCCUGUGUGUCAGUGUCUUGAUAAUGUCACAGAUGCCAGUGACGUCUGCGAAAUUCAUGUCCCUUUUUACGUACGUCUGGUGCAUGGUCUUGGAAAUUUUUAUGCUAUGUGCCUCGGGAAAUGCAGCAACUGUCGAAUGCGAGCGCCUGAUCUUUGACGUCUACUGUAUGAAAUGGUAUCGAUUAACCGAACGGGCGAAAAAAGCCCUGUUGCUUAUGAUGGUCCGGACACUGAGGCCGAUCGUCUUCACGAGUGGAUAUAUAAUCGUUCUCUCCUUGGAAUCUUUCACGAAACUCCUGAAACUCUCCUAUUCUGUUUACACAGUGCUUCAACAAUCUAUAAGGUGA